AUGUCCGUUAUGAAACAGACUGCCUUCCCUUUUGAGCGCGUCUUCGUGCUUAAUUUAGAUCGCCGCCCCGAUCGUCUGCGUUUCAUCCGCGAGCAGCUCUUCGAUCGGGCGGGUUUACUCCCUUACGCCGCGCGCAUCCAACGCGUGGCGGCGGUGGAUGGCGAAAAGCUGAUUUCUUCUCGGUUUUCAAAAUCCCCCACGCAGCUGUUUCGCGUGGGAUUUCUUUCAAAACUCGGCGCCCGUCGUCUGCGAGAAACGGAUCCUUCGCGGAAGGUGUGGGGGAUGGAUCUGAACCCCGCUGCGGUGGGGUGUGCGCUCAGUCAUAUCGAGCUUUGGGCGCGAAUCGCCGCCCUCUCGGCUUCGUUUUCAUUCUUUUCGUCCUCUUCCUCAUCCGUUUUAUCGUCCUCGUCGCCUUCCCGAACGUGUUAUCUCGUGCUCGAGGAUGAUUCGCUUCUCCCGGAAAACUUUCUGGAGUGUUAUCGAGCCCGUGUGGCAGGGAUUCCCACGGUGGAAAUGGGGUGGGAGUUGCUUUAUCUCAGCGGGAUCGACGCGGCGGGGGAAAAACAAAAAAACGAGCUGCAAAUCGCCCCCGGGAUCUCCCGCGUUUCGCAGCUCCAUCGCACCACCAACGCCUACGUUCUCACCCCGCGAGGGGCGAAAACGUUGCUCGAAGGCUGCCUGCCGCUUACCUUUCAGCUCGAUACGAUGAUGACGAUUAAAGUCGGGAACCCUAAGAGGGGUGGCGAGGCGCUUUCUCAUCCUCCUCCUCCUUGUGGGGUAAAAAAGGAAGAAUCGAAAGCGCUUUUUGUGCAGGAACCGCGUUGUUUAACGUUGCAGCCGCCACUUAUUGUGCAGGAGUCGAGGAUGGGAAGCGAUAUUCAAACCCCACCGCCUUCUUCGUUUGUUUCUUCGUCUGGUUUGGCUACGUCUUCGUCGUCGUUUUCUUCAUAA